CGGCGGCGGCAUUAGGAAGAGGAAGAAGAGAGAUUGUAAAAGAACAAGACCAAUACAGCCGCGGAUGAAGCAAUAGAAAUCUAGGGUUCCGAUUAUGAAGGCGCCGGAAUCAAUCGGCGCAUCGAUUAACCAAAUCGACGAGAAGAAACAAAAUCUGAAGAAAGCUUUCGACGAUCUCCAAGCUCACCGACCUCUUCUUUCACCAUCUUUCAACCUCUCAUGGUCUGAGAUUGACUCUCACUUUUCCUCUCUCCAGUCUUCACUACUCGACCGCUUCCGUCUCCUCCAAUCAGCCGCGCCUCCUCCCGAUUCCGGUAAAAUCGAAACCGCAACGGCGGAGACAUCACUCGUUUGGCCGGAAUUGAGAAAGUUUUGUGAGAAGAACGACGGAAUAGGUUUGGGGAAGUACAUGAUUGAUAAUUCGAAGAAGCGUUUAUCGAUCAAUCUAGAGCUUCGUGAUGCGAUUCGUUGCUCAGAGAAUCCAGCAGCUUUGGUUCUAGACGCGAUCGAAGGUUCGUACCACUUCUCGUCGUCGUCUUCCUCGAUCGGUUUAAGAAGGAUCUUCGUUUUGUUAUUGGAAGAUUUGAUUGAGAUCAAUGCGAAUCUCACGAAUGAUUUGAGAGAAAGAGCUAGGACUCUUGCUUAUAAUUGGAAAUCGAGUAUAGGUAACAAACCAUCAGAAGCGUUAGCGUUUUUGCAUUUGGUUGCAGCUUUUGAAUUGGGGUCUCUGUUUAGUAACGAGGAGCUUUGUGAUUACAUUUUCUUGAUCUCUAAGUAUAAACAAGUGACAACGAUCUCUAAGAAGAUUGGGUUAGAUAGGAAAAAAAUCGCAGAGCUGAUUAAGAAGUUGUUGCAUACUGGGAGAUUACUUGUUGCUGUCAAAUUCAUUUAUGAGAAUGAGAUGACUGGUGAAUUCGAACCAGUUUCGAUUUUGAAAACUAGUUUGAAGAAUUCGAGAGCAGCUGCUAAGAGAGUUUGUGCUCAAGGGAGUUACUCUCUCAAGGCACAGAACGAAGCUACUGAUAAAGAGCUGAGUGCGUUGAGGACUGUGAUCAAAGUUGUCAAAGAGAAAAGCCUUGAAUCCGAGUUUGUUGAAGAGAAACUAGAAGAAUGCGUUAAGGAGUUGGAGGAUCAGAAAGCUCAGAGGAGGCGUGCCACUAAGUUCACCACACCUGCUAAUAAUACCCAACAACCGCAACAACAGGUUGAUAAUAAGCGUCCUCGAGUUGCUAAUGGUGCAACUACGGGAUAUAAGUUGACAGUCCCACCUUUGAGUCAGCAACAACCGCCACUUUUGCCUAAUCCUAGCCACGGUGUACAAGUGAACCAAUAUGGUCUGUCGAGCUCAAUGCUACCUGGUGUUGCUGUCCCGUAUGGCAACCCAUUGGCGCCAUUUGGCUCGGUUCCAGUACCAGGUCCAGCUUCUCAACCUGUCUACUUUGAGCAGCAAACUGGUUAUGGUGGAUAUGGGAUGCCACCUCAAUACCACCCACCGUACUAUUCUCAGUAGCAUAUCCAUUGGUAAGAUUUAUCAUACGAAUGCAAGCGAUAUUAAGAUUGAAGAGAUCUAUGCUCUAUGUGUAUUGAUGUUCAGUACAGAACAUCAAGUGACAUAGAUAACACUUGAUAUAGUCGCUGUUUUUGUGAUGAUAUAAGAGCAAAUUGAUCCUUUUUUGCCUGCGGAAGUGGAUUACAGAGGAUUUUGCCUUGAUUGUACAGUGUUAUAUAAUUUUAACCUUAACUUCAUACGUUUAUUAGUAUAGUUUUCUUGUGGAGUAAUGGUCUUAAUGAAUUGAUCUUACAUGUAUCUUCCUUGAUUUGGUAGGUAAUCUGCCAAGAUAUCCUUCCUUUAUUCUUAUAAUCUGCCACGAUUCAUAUAACACAGUGGAGUUUAUCUAGUAGGUGUUUUGGUUUAUUAUUAAUGGCUACGUUUCUGAAUUUCUAAACUUGAAAGGAAAACUUGGUAAACAAAAUAGUUUUUCGUGUAUAUUAUUUAGAAUAGAAUUUGCAAAACAAAAAGAAGAGGAGAGGAUAUGCCUUAAGCAAUUUGGAGAAGGAACAUGUUCGAUGAGAAAAGAAAAAACAGAACAUGUUCUUCUUUAAUGUACAGUUGUACCAACAUUGAUGGGAAUAAACCAAUCAACGAAGUGCCUGAAUCCACGUGUACAGUGUAUAUCUCUAAGGGAGAUUUAUUUCAUUUAAAAAAAUAUAUAUUUAGUAGUUAUGGGUCUGGAAAGGUAUCCUCCCAUAUAUAUAUAUAUAUAUAUCUCACGCGUCGUCCUCGUCUUCUCCGUCUGAUUAUUAUUACGCUGAUUUUAAUUCUCCUCAACUUCAUACGUCUAUUAUUCAUCAUGGGUUUGAAGGAGGAUUUCGAGGAGCACGCUGUGGAAGUGAAGAAGCUCACCACUCUUCCAUCUAACGAAGACUUGCUCAUCCUCUACGGACUCUACAAGCAAGCCACAGUCGGGCCAGUGGACACCAGUCGUCCUGGAAUGUUCAGCAUGAAGGAACGAGCCAAGUGGGAUGCUUGGAAGGCCGUUGAAGCGAAAUCAACGGAAGAUGCCAUGGGUGACUAUAUCACGAAGGUCAAGCAACUCAUGGAAGCAUCUGCUUCAACCUGAUGAACGAACAUUUGUGUGAUUCAUCAAAUCUGUCUUUCUGCUUUUAUUUUAUCUUAAAGCUUCAAAUAACAUUGCAUAAGACUUGUUCUUGCUCUCGUGUUUUUAUUAUAUAAAUCUCUCUACUUUGUGUGA